CCACUUAUAUGCAUCCAGAAGACUUACACUGCAUUGCACACAUACACGAAGGGAAAGAUUCAGGAUUUGAGAAAAGAUGGUUUAGAGAAAGUUGUGUGAGAGAGAAGUUAACACUAAGUUGCAUGUUCUGGAAUGAACAUAGAUGUGCUGUUUCUGUAAUUUUAUCUAAACCAGAAUAUAAGUCACCCUCUCAGUUCCUUCACAGAUAUUCAGAGGUUGCUUCCCUUUAUGACGUUCCUGAUUCCCAUCCACAUGUCUCACUGUCAAAACACAAAAAUGAUGAAUGGCAAGACUUGGGACCGUGGAUAAAAAAAUGUGUCCAUGCUGACGUCUGGGAAAAGACAUCAGAUCCUUUGGUUCAGUAUAAUUCUGCUUUGAAAGUGUAUAGAAAACGAUUUACGUCUGUUGUUCACACAUUCAGAACUGUUCAACUGGUACCAGACACAUACACAGACACUCAGAAUGCACAUGCAUAUUUAUAUGACACAGACAACAUUUCAGAAACACACCCGGCUCUAAAAGAGGUCCCUAAGACACUUUGGGCUCAAGGCAAUCAUGAUGUGGGUUUAAUUCGAAACAUGAAACCUGUAGUCAUCAAACCAAAAUCCGACUACAGACCACAUCAAUCACAAUAUCCACUCAGACAGGAAGCCAUCGAUGGUAUUACGCCAGUUUUCAACUCUCUAUUGAAGGCAGGUGUAAUUGUUCCUUGCAAGGAUUCACCGGUGAGAACUCCGAUUUUUCCGGUCAAGAAAGUUCGCGAUGAAUCACAACCUGAUGAUUGGCGAUUUGUUCAAGAUUUGAAAGCUGUCAAUGCCGCAGUACAGCAGCGCGCUCCGUCGGUUCCAAAUCCUUAUACAAUCCUUUCCCAAGUUCCGCCGGCUAGUAAAUGGUUCUCUGUUGUUGAUCUGGCAAAUGCAUUUUUUAGCGUUCAAAUUGAUAAAGACAGUCAAUACUGGUUUGCAUUUGAGUUCAACAGAGAAAGUUAUACAUUCACACGCCUGUGUCAGGGCUACUGUGAAUCACCUACCAUUUACAACCAGGCACUAAAAGACAGCUUGAGCUCAUUAGAGAUAACACCAGGAAGUGCACUUUUGCAAUACGUUGACGAUUUAAUGAUUUGUGCACCAACUAAAGAACAAUGUGAAAAAGAUACUGUAGCUCUCUUAAAACAUUUAGAUGCACAAGGCCACAAAGCAAGCCUGAAAAAAUUGCAGUUUGUAAAAGAACAAGUUUCAUUUUUAGGGCAUGUGAUCACAGCAGAGGGCAAAUCCCUCUCCCCUAAGAGAGCAUUAGCAAUUCAAAAUAUUCCAAAACCUGUCACAAAGAAACAAGUGAUGUCAUUCCUGGGAAUGUGUUCUUAUUGUAGAUCAUUUAUUCCUAAUUAUGCUGUCCUCGAGGCGCCCCUUAGCGCAAUCGCACACGGGCAAGGCUUACAAGCAUAUAGCAAAGUGACAUGGACUGAUGACGCGGAGAAAGCUUUCACUGACUUGAAACUAACCUUACAAACGACUCCGACUUUAGGGCUACCCAACCCUGACCGACCUUUCACACAGGCUGUUGACGAAAAGGGGGGCUACAUGACUUCAGUUCUCCUCCAGGAACAUGGGGGCAAACAGAGACCUGUUGCAUUUUUCUCAGCAAAACUUGAUCCAGUUGCUGCAGGGCUGCCUACUUGUCUCAGAGCUGUAGCAGCGGCAGAGAAGGCUGUAAUGGCAUCCAGGGAUUUAGUGGGGUACUCCCCACUCACCCUGUUGGUACCACAUGCUGUGUCUAUGAUUUUGUUGGAACAAAAGACAUCUCAUUUGUCUGCUGCACGCUGGCUCCGUUAUCAUGCUAUUCUGUUGGAAAUGCCUAACAUCACUGUGAAAAGAUGUAAUGUUCUUAACCCAGCUACUCUUCUUCCAACAGAAGGAGAUGGUGAACAACAUAAUUGUGUAGUAACAAUAACCGAAGUUUGUUCCCCCAGACCAGAUUUACAGGAAACACCACUGCAGAAUCCAGACCUUGAACUGUUUGUGGAUGGAUCAGCGUCUCGCAAUUCAGACACAGGAGCAAAUCAAGUUGGUUUCUCUGUGGUAACAGCACAUGAUACAUUGAUUGCACGACCUCUCCCUGCUUCCCUGUCUGCACAGGCAGCAGAGCUCACUGCUCUCAUUGAAGCAUGCAAAUUGGCUAAGGGGAAAAGGGUUAACAUCUACACUGACAGUAGAUAUGCAUUUGGUGUAGUACAUGAUUUUGGCACGAUUUGGAAACACAGAGAAUUCCUUACAUCAUCAGGCAAACCAAUUGCGCAUCAUGCUCUAGUGUCUCAGAUGCUUGAUGCUGUCCUCCUCCCCAAACAGGUUGCUGUAUGUAAAUGUGAUGCUCACACUUCCAACAAUGACCCAGUAUCACAAGGAAAUGCCAGGGCAGAUGCAGCAGCGAAAGCAGCUGCUCGCCAGCCACUAUCUGCUUCACACAUCCUCUUACAGGUCGACCCCACCACCCCCACGGCUGACCUGCAAGACCUUCAACUUAGAGCAACAGCAGAUGAGCGAGGACUUUGGAAGAGAAGUGGUUGCACACACACACAUGGGGUGUGGGUGGGCCCUGAGGGGAAACCUUGUCUGCCAAAAUAUCUGUUUCCUCAUUAUGCAAAGUUAACGCAUGGGAAGGAUCAUGUUUCAAAAGGAUCAAUGAUGGCUGCUAUUUCACAACAUUGGUUCACUAAGGGGUUUUCUAGCUACGCUCAGAAGUUUUGUCAAGCAUGCAUGAUUUGUGCUACUAACAACAUUGGUAGAGGAAUGCAGGCCCCACAAGCUGCACAUCCUCCACCUGACAAACCAUUUGAUCAUCUACAGAUGGAUUUUAUUGAACUAACACCGAGUGAAGGGAAAAAAUAUUGCUUGGUUAUAGUUGAUAUGUUUUCUAAAUGGGUUGAAGUUUUCCCCACAUCGAAACAAGACACAGGUGCCGUAGUUAAAGCGUUGAUCACUGAACUUAUUCCUAGAUGGGGAAUCCCGAGUAAAAUCAGCAGUGACAACGGAACUCCUUUUGUUAGUGCUGCACUGAAACAAAUGAGUAAGUAUUUGGGCUUUGAUCUGAGAAAACAUUGUGCCUACCACCCAGCUAGUGCUGGAGCGGUGGAAAGAGAAAAUGGCACGCUAAAAAACAAAUUGGCAAAAUGCUGUGAGGAAACUGGAUUAUCGUGGCCUAAGGCUCUCCCACUCGUUCUCAUGCAAAUGAGAAUGAGGGUCAGACCAAAAUAUGGAUUGAGCCCAUUUGAGAUUCUGUUCGGACGCCCAGCGAACACGGGCAUUGGACCUGUUAAAAGACCAAUGCCCUCAACAUCUCUCUGUGAAGAUGAAAUGCUAUGUUAUUGUACAAAUCUCUCUUCUGCUUUAUCUGCCAUCCACAAACAGGUAAAAGACGCACUCCCUACCCCGGCAACUGGACCACUUCAUGACCUGAAGCCAGGCGACUGGGUUGUAGUAAAAGACCUAAGGCGGAAAAGUUGGCGACACAGACGCUGGACAGGACCGUACCAGAUCCUUUUAACGACCCACACGGCGGUGAAGGUUGCUGAGAGGACAACAUGGAUUCAUGCCAGUCACUGCAAGAGAGUCCCAGAACCAGAACAUCCACCUGCUGCACCCACAAUGAAUGAUUAAAGCAAAAGAUCAGUGAAGAGGGGGCAGUGCUGACCAGUACAGCUGUUUAUAAUAAGUUGCUUCGGAGAAUCACAUGAUACACACAACGCCGAGAAGACGACAAAUGGAACGCUGACCUCUUCAGUCAGCUGGGUCUGAGUGGCAGUAGUGGAACUGUUCUCUUAAUAAUGAUGACAGCGAUCUCCUGCUGACUGACUCUAGAUACGAAUUUCGUUUUUGGAACAUUCAAACCAAUCUCCCAGGACAGUUCGCUUUGUGGGUCUCAAGCAUCCUGUGUGAUAUGAUGAUUUGUUUUCCUUUGAAGCUACAGGAAGUGGUUGCUUGUUUGAACAUGCCACACUUCUAUUCGCACGUAUGUCUCCCCCACAUGGCACCUUUAUACUCACAGUUUGGUUACUUUAGCCUCCAUGAACCUUAUAGGGAAGGCCAACUGUGUCCCUAUUGUUUGUUCUGCCAGAUGAUUAGAAUUAGAUCUACAGUGACAACAAGAUAAGGUGUGUUUCCCCUCCCUGAGUGGUUUCCUCCCCAGAACCCUUUGAUAGUGAUGAAGAAUGUAAUGUUGUUGUGUUGUCUGUCUAAAUCUGCUUUUAUCACUCCUUCCUCCCAUUUAAAGAAGCAUAUUGCUGUGACAAUGGCAGUUUGCCUAACACUACAGUGAUGAUGAUGAUGCAUUUUGAAAUCCUGGUGAAUUGAUGUAUUUGAUGUUUUACUGUAGAUGUGCAUUCUAAUAUGUUGUCAUAAAAUGACAAAAAGGAGGGAAUUGUAGUAGAAAAAUUAACUAAGCAAGGUUGACAAACUAUUUUGUAUUUAGAUAGUAAGCAUUUGAAGCCUUGACAAGAGACUUUUAUGACUUGAGCUGUUUUAUGGUCGGGACUGUUAGUGUUGAAAUACGUUGAGACCAUUUGUUACUUAAUUACCCAUCAAAGGAAGGAGUGGAUGUCUUCUUAUCACCUAAGGAAACACAUGUGAAUCAGUUGCUAAUGUUUAGAUUCCUCUCCUUCCCCCACCCAUGUAUCCUUCCUGGAUUGGUUCAGAAGGACAGCCCUAAAUCCUCCUAUAUAAGAUCUGUGUUUUUGACUGUUCUUCA